AUGUGUCCCUGCAUCCUGAGUGGGUCGGGCCACAGGAGGGCGGCCCGGAGGGAGCUCUACUGGGUCCUCCAGCCGACCAGGUGCAUCUCAGUUGCUCAUCGAUCAAGUCUGAACAAGACGCAUCCUCUCUCUCAGCGCCUUCCAUCACCUCCACCUUCACCACAGAGGAGGAUCACAGCUGCUGAGCUGUCAGGGUCCCAGCAGCUCAGCAAGCCCAUGGGGCCUCCUCCUCUGCCUCUCCACAGCCAUGAGCAGAGGGCCCUACAGAAACAUGGCGGGGGCGCGGAACAGUCUGAUGAAAGGCGUUGGGAGCUCGGGCGGCGGGAGCGACGGCAGGGCAGCGGCCAGGCAGCCCAGCUUCGCGAAGGCUCUUGGCACGCGCCCUCCCCGCCACCAAGAAGCCCAAGAGGAAGGUCAGCUAGGCUGGCCGAAGGCGCGGGAAGGAAGAGCCCAAGCGGAGAUCUGCCUGGCUGUCAGCUAAACCUGCUCCUGCAAAAGUGGAAACGAAGCCCAAAAAGGCAGCAGCAAAGGAUAAAUCUUCAGACAAAAAAGUGCAACCAAAAGGGAAAAGGGGAGCAAAGGGAAAACAGGCCAAAGUGGCUAACCAAGAAACUAAAGAAGAUUUACCUGCAGAAAAUGGAGAAACUAAAACUGAGGAGAGUCCAGCCUCUGAUGAAGCAGGAGAGAAAGAAGCCAAGUCUGAUUAAUCGUACACCAAGUCUUAUCAGGGGUCCCUGUCUCCCUUCUUGUACAAUCCAGAGGAAUAUUUUUAUCAACUAUUUUGUAAAUGUAAGUUUUUUAGUAGCUCUAGAAACAUUUUUAAGAAGGAGGGAAUCCCACUUCAUCCCAUUUUUUAAGUGUAAAUGCUUUUUUUUAAGAGGUGAAAUCAUUUGCUGGUUGUUUAUUUUUUGGUGCAACCAGAAAAUAGUGUGGGAUAUUGAAUUAUGGGAGGCUUUGACCGUCUUGGGUCUCAGCUUAAUAUUCCAUAGAUGGGGGUUAGUUUUUAUAUCCUAUAAUAUAAAGCAUACUAAAUGGCAAUGUGGAGUCCCAGGCCUGCAUUUAAUGUCUUAA